AUGGCUCGAGAGGUCGCAUUGGGCCACUCGGGUUUGACGGUGGCAGAACAUGUCCUCGUGCAGACCGAAGUCGUCUACCCGUUCCUGCUCCUGCUUUCUUACGGGAUAACCUUCGCCGUGCAUAGUAUCAUCGCGUCGCGAAGACAGGAGGACGUCGAGAAGCCUUCGGUACUUGGGCCAGGGGGCAAGCCACUGCCAUUGACGCGCAUCAAAGUGGAAAAGUCUGCACCACGGAAUGCGGUGCCCCAGGAGUUCUCAAAAAUCUCGCACCUGUGUUUCAAGACCGGCACUGCGGCCGUUGUCCUCACAUUCGUUGCACAUGCGACCCACGUCAUUCUCCAGUGUAUCACUGCUCAAUGGGAGGAUGUUCAGCAAUAUUGCAACGACGAGCUACUCGUGUACAUCAAGGGCGGCAUCUUCUUUUGGGGUUACAUUGGGUUCUCACUGGUCAGCAAAAGGAAGGAUAAACCCAAUCCCAUCCACUUCUCGGUAUGGUGCAUUGGUCUGUUUUUCGACCUCGUCAUACUCGCUGCCCUUUUAGUCGUGUUCCGCAACAAACUCGACAACUUGCGAUACGCCGAGACCCCCGCCAAGCUUACCUUACGCGCGUACCAAAUACCGGCCGAUUCGGGAUUCAUCCUAAUCCUAGUUGUUCGUAUCUGCCUCCUUUUAGGCCAGGUCAUCCUGUACAGUUCUCUUCGUGGCCACUUACCGAAUCUAUGGCAUUCUUGGAGCAGCCAGACGAAGGAAGAGGCCCACACGACCCCGCUUAUUAAUGGUCAUGCUACAAUACUUGAAAAUGGCAACGGCCAUACAAAUGGCUAUGCUAACGGCCACGCCAGAAUUGUCGGCGAGACAACUCCACUUCUCAAUGGCCACGCUACAGCGCUGGAAGCUGACAAUGUCCCGACCAACGGCCAUGCUAAUGGGAAUGGGACGACAUACCGACCGGUUCGAAGAAGACCAAGCGAAGCUCGGCGUCCUAACGGCAUUACCAAGGGAUGCCGCCCAAAGCAAGCCGAGUUCGCCUUCUACCGACCCGACAAACUACCCCACCGUUCGUGGUGGGAAUACGUUAGGGGCUAUCAUGUCUUCUUCCCAUACCUGUGGCCUGCGAAGAAGGUGAAGCUCCAGUUCCUGGUAUUGCUUUGCUUCAUACUCGUCAUCAUACAAAGAGCUGUCAACGUCCUAGUCCCUAUCCAGCUGGGCGUCCUUGUUGAAGCACUGACCAAAGCAGCCGAGCAAGGAACUAUUGAGAUGCCAUGGAAAGAGCUCUUCAUCUUCCUUGGUCUGAAGUUCAUGCAGGGCCCGUCAGCUGUCCUGGGAUCUCUACGGUCGAUGUUGUGGAUCCCAGUCACACAGCACUCCUAUAUCUCGUUGCAGACUGCGGCAUUCGAGCAUGUACACGCCCUGUCUCUGGACUUCCACCUCGGGAAGCGAACUGGUGAAUUGUUGUCGGCACUCAACAAAGGUGGCUCGGUGAACCAGUUCCUGGAGCAAACAACAUUCCAGGUUGCCCCGAUGCUCAUGGAUCUGUUCAUCGCCAUUGGGUUCUUCUGGAUUAAGUUUGGCCCCCUCUAUGCACUCUGGGCGACCAUCAUCACAUUCUCCUACUUGGUCCUCACCAUAAGAAUGGCGUCGACCAGGGCUGAUCAAAGGCGGGAUAUGGUGAACGCAGACCGGGAGGAAGAAGCUGUGAAGAACGAUUCUAUCACCGCGUACGAGACCGUCAAAUAUUUCAAUGCCGAAGCUUUCGAGUUCCAGCGUUACAAAAGUGCUAUCACAACUUUUCAGAACGCCGAGGCCCGAGUCACAUUCGGUAUGAACCUGAUGAAUAUGUGCCAGACGGUGGUCUUUAUCAGUGGGAUGCUCAUCGUCAUGGCGAUUGCUGCGUAUGAGGUGGUACUAGGCCGUCGCAACAUCGCGCAAUUCGUCCUGAUCAUGACAUACCUUAACCAGCUUCAAGGCCCACUAAACUUCUUUGGAUCUUUCUAUCGCACGGUUCAGCAAGCGAUGAUCUCCGGGGAGCGUCUUCUGGAGCUGUUCAAGAUCCAACCAAACAUGGUCGACAAGCCUGGCGCGCCGCCAUUGAAAGACUGCCAGGGCCACAUUCGAUGGAACCACGUCGAUUUCGACUAUGCCAACAGCCCAGCCUUGACAGAUUUGACUUUCGAGUGUCGGCCUGGUACUACGACGGCGUUUGUGGGUGAAUCUGGUGGUGGAAAAUCGACCAUCUUCCGGCUGAUGUUCCGUUACUACAACUGCAAGUCAGGCAGCAUCGAGAUUGACGGUCACGACGUUAGGGAUGUCACGAUAGACUCUGUCCGCCGAUCCAUAGGAGUGGUCCCGCAAGACACGAUUCUUUUCAACGACACGGUCAUGUACAACCUAAAAUACGCGAAUCAAAACUGUACCGAUGAGGAAGUCUUCGAAGCGUGCCGCGCUGCCAGCAUACACGACCGCAUUAUGUCCUUCCCAGACGGAUACCAAACUAAGGUUGGGGACCGAGGAAUGCGACUCAGCGGCGGUGAGAAGCAACGUGUCGCUAUAGCACGCACUAUCCUCAAGAAACCCCGGAUCAUUAUGCUUGACGAAGCUACAUCAGCGCUGGACUCGGAAACCGAACAGGAGAUUCAGCACAAACUUUUCAAGAACAAGGAGCUUGGUGAGGGCAAGACCUUGCUCAUUAUCGCACACCGCCUGUCCACCAUCACCCACGCAGAGCAGAUCAUAGUGCUUCACAGAGGCCGAAUUGUAGAAAGAGGCACACAUGCAGAGCUACUUGAGAGUGAUGGCCGCUACUCUGCCAUGUGGAAUAAGCAAGCUAAAGCCGAGAUUGCCGCCAAAGCUGCUAACCUUGCCAAGGAACAGGCUAAGAAGGCUCUGAGAGAAGCUCGUCUUGCGGGGAAGGACAGUAGCGAUGAACACUCUGACGACGGUGGCGAUAGCAUGGUCUCGUCUAUGCACAUCCCGACUGCGCCCACGACCCCAGCUGUUGAGUUGGCUGGACUCCAUAUGACUCCUCACCACACCUGA